AUGGUUCCAAUGAUCCUAGCCAGGAAUUUUCUAAUAUUCCUGAAAAGAAUACGAUCCAUUAACCCAAUAUUUAUUCGAGAUUAUUAUUUCAAGAGGAGACCGUUGAAAAAUAGAAUCCUAGAAACAAUAGCAGAACCAGAGAAUUCAACUGUGACCAAAAAUAAACUUAUAGGAUACUUGCAAUUGUAUAAUAGUGAAUUCAGCAAAAUCGAAGAGCAAUUGUAUUUCAAGAAAGCGGCGGAUAAAAAUGUACCGUUCAACAUCACUAGACAUUUACUCGAUUUCCCAUUGAGUAACCAUCGUGAAUUCUCGAACAUUCAAAAUACUUGGAUGGAGUAUUUUUCUCAAUAUGACAUAAACUUUAUCAAACAAGCGCUAAUAGAAAUGUCAUUAAAACAGGAUGAAUCGCUACGGCAUUUCUGGAUCAUUUCAAUAAAGUUAUCUCUAUCAUCGUUGGAUUUCUAUCGUGAUAUGCUUGGUCUAAUUCAAAUACUAUGCGAUGAGAUCAAAAAUAACCCCAAGUUGAUCUCCAAAUAUUUUAAUGAUGAUUUUUAUGAUUGUAUUAUAGGAUUUUAUUUUUUGAAUCGGAAAAGUUUGUUGGUGAAAGCGGCUCACGAUGUAAUUUAUCCAGUGUUGAAAUCUCAGGAUUCAAUGAAACUUGUCAAAUGUUGCUGUGUUCCAUCCAAUAAAAACUCGGAGGACUUCACAGAGCUGUUCAACUCAUUACUAUAUAUUAAAAAACCUUUGACAGGAUCAUAUAAUAAAGUCGGCGAUGGUAUCUACGAUUCUUUGAUUUCUUUCCUCAAUACCAGAUUACUUACGGCCGAACAAAUUUUGGUCAACGAGCUGCAAACUGAUCAAGAACGAUACUGCUCAUUGCCAAGUACUGGUACUUCUGAAAACUCAGUGGGGAGUGUGUCACUAGAAUUAACGUUGGCGAUGUUAGACAUUCACAUUAGAUUGUUGAGGAACCGUGAUAUCCCAAAGAACCCAACGCUUCUUAAUAAAUUGAUCGGACGCAUGGUUCAAAUUUGCGUUGCAUCAGGAAGAGACCUGUUGAUAGCCAAUAAUAGUGGCAGUCAUGAUACCUUAAUCAAGGGGCUCAGAAAAACUUUCAAUUAUUUAGUAAUGGAUGAAACCAACGUUAUGAUGCUUUAUAAUAAUGAUCUCCAAGUCUAUGAAAAUCGAUCUUCUACAAGCUGGUGGACUCAAAGAUUUGUGAAUUUGAUGGUUGAUUAUUGUUUUCUUGACUCUCGUACGUAUCUGGCAGAGUCUCGAUUGGUCUCGCUUUUAAAAGUAAUUCCAAAAUAUUAUUAUUUUGAAAAUGUCAAAUUUUGGGAACAUCUCUAUCACAAAUGUUCGGAAACCCGUGGCACGGUGCUACGAUUCAUCAGUGCCGAUAAACUAUUCUUCAAAUAUGGUGUUGGAAAGAAAUUGACUGAUAAAGAAAACAUAACUCUGGAGCUUCUGUUUGACACAUUUAGUAAAUAUGUCUUGCACCAUGGUCAAUACUACAAAUUGAUUGAAUACAAGUGCAAAACCUACCAAAAUACAAAAUAUUUUUCGGCAAUCCUAAAUCCAAUUAUCGAUCAUUUUUUGAAAGAUGGUGGUGAAGGAAGGGCGAAACUCGUGGAAACACUAUCUUAUUUAGGGAACUCAGAAUACCGGAUGAUACUAUCUCCAAGAAUUAUGGGAUAUUGCAUAUCAGCGCUUUGUGAGCAAGGUGAUUAUGACUCGAUUCUUGAUAUCAUUAAAAUAUUUUUGGAAGAUUUGGGCAAAGCCCAAAAUUCUAGAGAUGAGUUGGGUUUGAUAGAUUCAAAAUUAAUCAGUAACUACGUUGAUGAAAUAGCGAAGUUUUACGUUAUUGGGGUCACCAAAAGUUGGAUGGCAACUCUUUCAGAGGAAGAGCUCACCUCAAUAAAUCUCCAGCCUCAAACAGUUUUCCACGAUGCCAACUCGAUGCAUUUGCUCAAGAAAUUGAUGGACAUAUUAAACUCAACUGAAAGUUUCCAGGUUGGUAAAUUCCCAAAAGUUCAAAACACAUUGACUCACUUCUUCCUUAAAUCAAAUGACUUUGAGAGAACUUUGAAAUUGGUAAAGUUAUUAGUGGAAAAUGAUCCUCAAAAUGGGUUGGAGAAAGAAACUUUGAUGCAGUGUUCGAAGAAAAUCCUGAACAGAAUGUUCAGGAGUAAUAGACUACCAGAGGGCCCACACAAAGAACUCCAUGACAUAGUAGUGGAUUAUGUGAACAAUAUGCAUAAUGUAUUAUCUAUUGAUAUGGAAAACUGGUCCAAACUCUACAGCACUUUGGCAUUUGUGCAGACAAAUUAUCAUCAAGUGGGUAACUAUUUAUUCUGGGUAAUCAACAAAGUGUUAUAUUCAUAUGCUUAUGAAAAUGGGACUCCCAUAAAGUUGAGUGAUGAAGACGAGAAGAUCUUCAAAAAGAUUCAACUCAUGAAUGAAAUCGAUCAAUUAGAGCUCCACAAAGAUAUUUUACCACAAGCGUUUAAAGCAUUGAAGUCAUUAGAACUGACAGAAGUGUGCUAUAAGGGCAAAACUCUAUUCAACACAUCACAGCAACUUAUCGAUGAGUUUUAUAGUACAAUCCAGGAUUUUUUCACUCCAGGUAUCAUUUGUCGAUUGAUAGAUUUAGGGGUUGAGAAAUCUCCACAUAAACCAUUUGAAGGAUUGGAAUUGAUCAUGUUACUCAAAGACUUGCAAUUUAUUCGUGGCUCAACUUUGCAAAAACUGAAAACCAAGAUUGAACUGACAAUCAUCAGAAGCUUAAAGAAUUUAUACACUCAAAGACAAAACAGAAUGCACAUUAGGUGGAGUCAGGCGCGUGCUAGUAAACAACUCCUCAGCGAGCUGGUAGCACAGGAGAACUAUAAAGCAAUGACAGAAGGUUACAAACCACCAGAAAUUCAAUUAUACGAAAGGGAAGAAGUCGCGGAAAUUUUCUCCAUCAUGAUGGAAAAAUUGUUCACAGAGAAUUUGAAGGACUGA